AAUUUAUCCUCAAUAAGAUUAUCGACAAAUUUAUCUGAUUCCGUUUGUUAUCAGUAUUUAUAUCGUCAAAAUUACAAUUACAAUCAACUCUCAAUCAUGGAGAGACAGUUAAGCUUAAUUACUGCAACCGGAUACAUUGUUGGAUCCAUAAUGGCUGAUUAUGCUUUCUUCUGUGGCAUUUUCAUUAAAACCGAUACCUUGGUAUUCAAUGUAAUCACAAUUACUUUGGCAUCUUUUGCCUUAUUAUCGUUAAUCAUAUUGAAUAUUAUCGCAGCCGAAACUGCUAAGAAGGUGAAAAUGUGUCAAUAUCUAAACUAUUGGCUGAUCAGAAAUGGACAUUGUAAAACAAUUGAGACUCAAAUUAAGUUUAUUGCUACAAUCGAGCGACUUUCAGUUAACAAAAUUGGUUUUUACGUUGGACGAUUAUUUAUCAUGGAUAAUCAUCAUUUCGUAUUGGUAAUUAAACCUCAUAAUUGUUAAUUGUAUCUAAUUAAGUAACUUUUUCAUUCACAGUUCGUCAUUGAAAAUAUCAGCAUCUUCUUGCUUUUCAUUACAAAUGUUUCGAGGAUUUUGGAACCCAAUUGAUUGAU